GAAGACGUAACUCGUCGAUGUAAACAGAAACUGGAGGCGGGCAUUGCCCAGCUCAGCUGAUAAAAUGACAAAUAUUACAUGCCAGUUGGUUGCCAAUGCAAUUAUCUGCAAUGGCACAACUUACGUGGAAGAAGAGGAGAAGCUGACGUACCUUGACGAGUGGUUCUGGAUCUAUCUCGGUAUCUAUGUCGGCCUUGUACUGGUUGCAGGACUGAUGUCUGGGCUGACCAUGGGUCUUCUCUCCCUGGACCUAAUGACACUACAAAUCAUGAAGGAGGGAGGAACCCCCAAGCAACAGAGACAAGCAAGGAAGAUCCUCCCCAUCGUCAAACGCCAUCACUUGCUCCUAGUCACCCUACUGCUGGCCAAUGCUGGGGCUGUGGAGGCCAUGCCUAUAUUCCUGGACAGGAUCUCCUCUCCUGUGAUAGCUAUUGUCGUGUCUGUUACUGCUGUGUUAAUAUUUGGAGAAGUUGUUCCUCAGGCAAUCUGUACAAGAUUUGGAUUGGCCAUUGGAGCCACACUAGCACCGCUCGUCUAUGUUCUGAUGGGUCUGCUUUUUGUUGUGACCUGGCCAUUGUCCAAGCUCUUGGACUGUGUGUUGGGAGAGGAUCAUGGGACAUUUUUCCGACGGGCCCAGCUUAAAGUUCUUGUGGACUUGCACGGUCCCAAUUCCCAAGCCAACCUCAGCCAUCAACAGGAGGAGGAUGAUGAUGAACCUCUGUCAAUUGAUGAGGUCUUAAUCAUAAAGGGUGCACUUGACAUGAAGAACAAGACAGUGAGAGAUGCCAUGCUGCCUUUGGGUGAUGUGUUCAUGAUUGAUGCUGACUCAGCAAUGGAUAAACCUACCAUGAGCAAGAUUCUGCAUCAAGCCCACUCUCGUGUCCCUGUUUAUGAGCACCAUGAAGGCAAUGUAGUGGGGUUACUGCUAGUCAAGAACUACAUCAUGUUGAACCCCGAGGACAGAACCCCUGUGCGGGAUCUACUGAACGAUUGCACCCGGAGCCUCCUUUAUGUUUAUGAUGAUAUGCCUUUAUUUGAUUUACUGAAUAUAUUUCAAACUGGAAAAAGUCACUUAGCCUUUGUGAGGAAACACACAGAGAUAAAAGACAUAGACGAAGGAUAUGAAGUGGAAAUUUCCCCAGAAUCUCAAGAGAUAAUUGGUAUAAUAACAUUGGAGGAUGUGAUAGAAGAGCUAAUUCAAGAGGAGAUAAUCGAUGAAACAGAUGUCUAUGUAGAUAUACACCAGAGAAUUCAGGUGGCAAGAGCGAAGAAAGCAAGGCUAUCUAUGUUAAAUCGACUUCACUCUCAAGACCCUGAUCGGAGUAAUCUCCCUUCUGCCAGUAACGCAGCAGGCUUUCAUAUCUCUGAGUUAGAUGAUAUUUGCAUGACCAAAAGUAAAUCCCAGCCGGCCCUGAAGAAAUCUCCAGUGAAGCGGGCACUAUCAGGCUCUGUCCCAGAGGACAGCAACAUGCACCCCAACAACUAUGAUGAGGGGGACAGGGCCCCACUGUUGUCUACAGUUGUCUUCACUUGAAUCAGCUGAAAUCAACCUUAAUUGGCUUAAAAUCUUUAAAUUAUUUACAUCAUAGUAUUUAUACAUAUUUUGUUUGUGAUAUUUUUGUAUAUUCUAUAUACUUCGAUCAAUGCAUUACAUGCACUUGUUUUUGCAAUAAUGUAAGAAAUAUAUUGUUAUGAAAUCUUUUUUUUGCAACUUUUUGCUUUGACAGUUAUAUUAUACAUUUAGAAGGACCACACAUAAAACAUUUAGUAGGCCACAUGUGAAUUUAUUUCAAAAUAUUAUCUACAAGGACCACACAUGAUUUUUUUUUCAAUUUCAUCGAAUCUGUCAUUAAAAACAUAGUUUUGUUAAAAAGUAUCUUUGGGUAUUUUUAUUUGCAUAACAGGGAAUCUUAGCAAAUGACAAGCAUGUGUUCAUUAAUUCUAUAUUGGGGUCCAAAUAUAGAAAUAACCAUCUGCUUUCCUUUUUUUCUGUAUCUACCUUGUUUCUAUAUUGGCAAUGCUUUUGAAUUGAAUUACAUCAAGAAAGGUAUGUCUAUUACUAUAAUGUAAAAUUUGAUUUUUACAAACUCAAAGUAAAUUUGUAUUCUAUUUGCACUGUGCUUAAAUACAGUUUUACUUUAUUUAUAGUAUAUAUAUCAUUUAUUCAAAACUACAAACUGUUUAUCUCCACAUGUUUUCUUUUGAUAAACUGCUGCUCAUCGUGUGAAAAUUGUUUCUUAUUCAUAGUGUUUAUUUCUGGUGCAUGCAAUUGGACAAAAAAUUACAAAAUUGACUUUCAGAAUCAACUACGAAUACAAUGUAAAUUCUUUGUUUAAUUCUUUCAGCCCCUCACUAAGUGGUGUAUUUAUUGGUUGAAUAUUGAAUGUUUAAUUGAUUUUAAUCAAUAAUGAAUGCCAAAGCUCAUUGGAAUUGACUCUGUGUGUGUAUUAUUAUAGUAAUGUACUUUCAUACCAUACAUGUCAGGUAUAAUUGAAUUUCUUCUGUAUGAAUAUUUCAUAACUAUCAUUUUAUGUUUUCCUUAUAAAAUGUUAUAAAAACAGGUGACUUGAUUUGGUAUUAGAAUGUGUAGUAAUAUUUGCGUUGACAUCCUGAAUUCUAAGUGCUAUUUUUGAUAACAGUUGUUGAAACUGUUUUUAUCUUUCAUUACUAGAUACAUGUGUACAUAUACGUAGUUAUCUUUAUCAGUUAUCUUUACCAUUUGUUUUUGUUUGUUUUUAUUUUACAUUUAAACUUACCAGGGGCUUUUGAUAAAGUGUUUUUUUUUUAUCAUUUUGGUUACGUAACACCAGAAAGUUUAGAUAACCUUUUGCAAAGGCAAAUCACCUUCUUUAUAGAUGUAUUGCGGUAGGAAAUAUUUAUUUUGGUUGAUGAUAAUUUGUUUCCUUUUAACUGACAACACAAUCCUGAACAAAUUAUUUUCCUUUCAUAUUUGUGUCUCCUUAAUCAUUCUUCGAAUGAAAAUGAUUUGUUUAAUGUUCAAAAUUUUGUUAAGGUUAAUUAAAGUUUUCCACUCCUUUACCCUUUCUGCUGCUAAAAAUUUGAAAAGAUAAAAAAUCAGAAGUUGUGUAGCCUUACUUGCUUGUAAAAUGUUGAUUACGUAUCUAAAUUAACACCCAACAACUAUUAUCCUGUGUAUUCUAUUGUAAAUGUCUGGUUGGAUGGGAUGAUGUAAUUUUACUGUUUAUCCUAAUUAGUUACAUGACUUAUAAUUACAAGGGCUUGAAAGGGUAAAUAUAUAUGUUUGGUCUGUCAUUGCUUUGAUAAUCUAUUUCUCCAUUACUUGGAAUAUACUUUGUAUUGUUAUUGGCGUGAUGUGUCUCAAUCCGAGUCUGUUGAACAAAUAACUGUCAUGUAUUUAGUUCUAAGAACUACCUUAUAUUUGAGCUAUUCUAUUAAUAUUACAUAUAUAUAGACUAAGUGUAUAAUCAGUUCACAUGUAUUACAUGAAUAGAUGUUGGUUUAUUUUACAUAUUAAACACUGUUACU